GAAUGGCAGAAGAUGACUCCGAAGAAGUCACCUUGCGAAAGUACUCAAUCGCCAGUCUGUUACAAGAAAGGCAGCAAUUUCUGCAACAAAUCAAGAUUCUUAGAGGACAGCUGGAGCAAGCUGGUAUCACUCCGUUUUCGCUUCAAUCCGUAAGUGCACCCGAUUUAUCACGCCCGAAACGCUUUUCUUUACCAGCACCUAGUACCAAAACUAGCGCAAGUACCGCUGAAAUUAAAACCCAACGACUAUCAUCUUGCAUUGACACCCCAAAGAAACAAAGCUUAUCGACUUAUGACAAAAGAAGUGGUACCAAUGAUCUCGGUAAGCAGUACGAGUACGUCAUGUGUGGGUUCUAUGCAGUACGAUUUGCCACCAAUUCCAACGUGAGUGAUUUUGAAAUGACCACAAACGACGAAGUGUACGGCGACUUUGACGACAUAGCACUUAAAGUCAAAUACACAGAUGGAAGUACCCACACGUACUUGUUGCAGUUGAAACACACCGAAAACAAGAAAAGCCUAACCGAGAAGAUUCUAACCACCGAGAAUAAAGAUUUCAGUUUGAUGAAGUACCUAAAGACUUUCCAAAACCUCGCGGACACCGAUAACGUAAGUUGUAUUUUGUUUACAAAUCGUACCGCUCAUUUCAAAGAGCUGUCUCGCUUCGCUUUCAACAAUAUCGAAUUCAUUGUCAAGAAGUUUGACGAAGUUAGGUGUGAAGGUCUCCUAGAUACCAAUCAAACGUCGAAAAAGUCGCUUUAUCAAUUCAGUACGACCGACCCAGGCGACUUGUGUACCUUCCUCGACCACUUCUACCUCUUCGCUAAUCAGAGCAACGUAGCUAAAAUGAAGAGUCUCAUCACUCUUUGUUUGAAAGAUCUUCUACAAUGCGACGUCUGCGACACUUUCCUCCACUUUAUGAAAACCUGGUGGUGCGGCAAUUUUAUCCUCACCAAAAACGACGUCAUCGCUAAGUUGGCAGAACUGGCGUUGUCGCCCUCCAUACGCACCAUUUCUGACGAAAAACACAGCGAAAAGAGCGAACUUCUUGAAGACGCCAUCUUGAAGUUUGAUAUGACGGUGGUGAGUGGUAUUGAUACGGAAAUUGUCAGCCAGAUUUGGACCGGAAGUGACGAGAUUCGAGAGGUGAGUUUGACAGCUCUCAAGUAUGGGUUAAUGGAUAAAGGAAUUUCAAGUCUAGAGGAGUUAAUGCCAGUACAGAGGAGCAAAGUGUUGUGGUACUUGAAUAAGGUACCACUUGUUGUGAAAGUGUACGAAUCGAGAAAAGAGCAAGUGCGGCGCGCGAUUGAGCUUCUGGGGAAGAUGGAAACGAAGAAGAAAUUGUUGGUUUUGGGGGAUUUGAGGAGGGAGGAGUUUCCGGAAUGGAGCGUUUUUGAAAAUUUGCACGACUUGGCUGGGGAUGAUUUAUUCGACGAAAUUGUCAAAAGGUACGAAGUGUCGCUCCAAGGGCGCGGUUCUAUUUCACUAGAAAGGUUAAUCGAAACGCGUGACAGGAUGAAGAUUAUCAAAAUCAGAGAGCUGUUUUUGAUGUCGCAGGAACCGAUUUUGAUAGGUGACAAAAAAAAUCAUUUACCUGAUUCCUACAUAUCUAGGACGGUUUCCACGAACUUUCUCAACACAGAAAAGGUUCUUCACCAUUUAGAAAACUCAAACGAUCUAAUCAUCUUCCACUGCAAACCCAAAUUUACAAGUUUUCUCAAAAACAAGAAUAUAACUUUCAUGGAAACAAACAACUACGAAGGAGAUUCAGAAAUUUCGGUACUAGUAACAUCCGAGUGCACCAAGUCGCAGUUUGACGAAAUUUGUACCAAAACCACCAAGCACAGAGUUCACCUCUUGCGAAUUUUAAGCGACGAAUCGUCACUUUUGGUACUGAGUUCAGACAACACUUUGAAAAGUGAAGAUCUAAAGUACCCGAGGUUUUCAAUCAAAGAAGAUGAAAUUCACGAGACGUUUGACAACCCCAUUAACGUUUUAUGCGCCCAACCAGGCAUCGGCAAGUCCACCAUGAUCAAAUAUUUGUACAACAAUUGCCCAUGCGAUCAUUGGAGCGUCUGCGUCAAUCUGCGCAAAUUCAACUGUUUGCUGAAAGAAGAACCCGAAGAAGAAGAAAUUUUAAUGUACUUUUUGGAACUGGAAGGAGUAGCUGAGCGCACUCUACUUGACGAAAUCAAAGUACUCUUUUUCGAAACUCGAAAGAUCUACUUGUUUCUAGAUGGUCUAGACGAAAUCGAAAGCAACUGCGUCGACUUCGCUUUAGACUACGUCAACUACAUAGCGUCAACAGGAGUUCACGUCUGGAUUUCAUCCCGACAAAACCUCCAAGAAGUCAUUACAACCCGUCUCAACGUUUUUCCCAUCGACAUUCAAGAACUGAACCGCGACGAACAAUCCAAGUACAUCAAGCAACGUCUAGAAACGCGCUACGAACCUGACGAAAUCCACCAAAUCUCGGAAGGAAUUUUCCACAGUGCGGACGUCGCCAAUAGUCACAACAUGUUAGGAAUUCCACUACAGUUGUACAUUAUCACUGAAAAUUUCCUCGACGAUGUCGAACUUUAUCACAGACUGAACGACGAGAUCUUCAUUUUGACCAAAAUGUACCAAAGCUUCUUCGAAGGUAAGAAGAAACAUCUGUACGAGAAAGUGGGCGUUCAGUACGAGCAACAGCUGGGUUUUAAUUUUAACCUAUACUUAGAGAACUACGAAAUUCCGGCACUUAAGUCGUGUUUGGACGAUACGACUUUCCAGAGGUUGAAUUUGGAAAAUUCCAAAAGCGAGGAGUUUCUAGAAAUGAUAAAAACGGAAGGCGACAAAUUCGGAAUCGUUUCUCAGGUCAACGACGACAGAGCUGUUUUCACCCACCAAACCUACGCAGAAUACUUUGCGUGUUUGUGGUUGAAGAAAAAUUUUGCUAAAGCGCGAAUCUUGAAAGACGAGUUUAAAUCCGAUAAAUAUCAAAACUUGAGGUUGAUAUUUGAUAUCAUGUUGGCUGAAAAUUGUCCCUUGCACUUGGCUGUGAUAUACCAGAAUAGCGACCAAGUCCGGAAACACCUGGUUAAUAUAGCGUCACGAGACGAAGGAGGACGAAGUGCCCUUCACCUUCUCUGUUCCUACGGGACCAAGUACCUUCCACUACCAUUAGUACCAAGUUUGUAUUCCAACCAGCUCUACUACGACGAAAAUCAAUUUGGAGGCGAAAGCGCCAAUUACCGAACAAUUUUCACUUAUUUGUCUCAGUGCGACCCUUUCGAAGUGGACAAAGUUUUCCAGUGGAAUUCUCUAGACUACUGCUUCCACUUCCAGUGUCUAUACCCAACUGAAAUGUUUCUAGAGCAAUAUGAAGACAAAGUCAAAGUGGAUUUGUUGCUUGGGAAACUCAACAGUGUCACUUUAGCCUACUAUUCUUCCAAAUUGGGUUACCCCAAUCUUCUUCAAUCCGUUAUCAAAAGAAAUCGUAACGUCGUACAUUUCAAAAUUGGAGAAGCGAUGUUGUCGCUAUUACAUGUCGCCGUAGGCGACGAUGUAGAUGCUCCUCCAGUUAAAGAUAGCACCAAAAUCAAAGUUAUCAAAAUCCUGAUCAAAAAUGGUAUUGAUAUCAAUGUCAAAGACCAAAACGGGGCUACAGCUCUUCACUGGGCGGUGGCUCAAGGCCGCUAUAAACUUGUCAAGGCGCUUCUAGACGAAGGUGCAGAUGUCAACGCCACCACGAACAAAGGAGAAACUAUAAUCCACUACGCCCUCCUCGAGUGGCAAAAUCAAGUCAAAAUCUUCAAAACUGACACCAACGUAGGGUUUGAUACGUCACCUAGAGACAAAGACGGAACCACAAUUCUACAGUGGGCAUGUCGUGAAGGUGACUACGAUUUAGCACGAAACGUCAUCGAUGCAGUCAAUAUCACCAAUCAAAUUGGAGAAACCGCUCUUCAUUACGCCGUCCAAGCAUGGAAGCCCAAUUUAGACAUUGUCAAUCUGCUAAUUGACAACGGGAUUGAUGUCAAUUGCACUGACUGCAAUGGAAUAAGUCCGUUACACUGGGCUUUCGAUAAAGGCCACUAUGACCUUAUCGGAGUACUGCAUCAAAAAGGUGCCAACGUCACUACUAUCACAGCGGAACACAAAUCACUCCUGAGAAACGCUUACAAACCUCAGCAGCCCAACAUGUAUGUUGUCGAAAUGUUGAUAGACUAUGGGUUCAAUGUCAACGCCAAAGGGUGCGACGGAGUCACCCUUCUUCACUGGGCAUCUGAACAAGGGCACGUCGGUAUCGUCAAGCUCCUAAUCGCAAAUGGGGCCAAUAUUAACGCAACUACUAAGAGCAACGAAACCGUUCUACACCACGCCGCGAGAGGCUGGAACACCACACUGAUUACAAUUUUCACGGAGAUUGGUAUUGACGUCAAUGGUAAAGACAUCGAUGGCACUACGGCGUUACACAGAGCGGCACAACGAGGCAAUCUUAACAUGGUUAAAACUCUAGUAGAUGAAGGUAGUACCAUAUCGUCUUCCACCAACCACGGCGAGAACGUCCUUACCUUCGCUGUGAAAACGCACGAGCCCCACCCAGACGUCAUCACUUACCUUGUCAAAACCGGAAUUGACGUUAACAAUCAAGACCAGGAUGGAGUAAGUGCCCUCCAUUGGGCUUGCGAACGCGGUCAUUACUCCAUCGUCAAACUCCUCCUCGACCAUGGAGCCAACGUCAACUCCGUCACGAAAAAAGGAGAAACUCCGCUCCACUACACAAGUCCCAACACCCAAAUGAUCAAACUUCUGCUUGACAGUGGAGUCCGCGUUAACGCUACAGACAUUGACGGUAUGACAGCUCUACACUGGGCAGCCGAAAGAGGUCAGUUUGAUCUAGUCAAAACUCUGCUUCAAUUCGGAAGCGAUAUCAACUCCACUAACAACGAAGAAGAAACAGUUUUGAUUUAUGCAGUCAAACAGAGGAAGAUUAACAUAGAAGUGGUAAAAUUUUUAGUCCGAAAAGGUGCCACUAUUGCCGCUAUGGAUAAAAACGGGAUGAAUGCGUUGCACUGGGGGAGUAAAUGUGGCCACUACGACGUAGUCAAACUCCUACUCAAGAAAGGUGUGGACGCCAACUCCCACACUAACAAAAACGAGACCACUCUACACUAUGCCUCGAUGUCUUGGCAACCGAACACUGACAUAAUCAAACGUCUAGUAUCAACCGGUGCAUGUAUCAAUUUCCAAGAUGGCGACGGUGCUACAGCUUUACACUGGGCUUGUAAAGAAGGACAUUACACGAACGUCGCCAUUUUAGUCGAUUUAGGGGCGGAUCUUCACGCCACCACUAAAAACAAACAGACGACGUUGCACUUUGCCGCUAACGCUUGGAAAAUCAACUUCGAAGUGUUCGAGCUUUUAAUUGACAGAGGUGUAGAUGUCAACGCUGUUGACGGCGAUGGUAAAACUGCCCUUCACUGGGCAGCCGAAAAGGGUUUCUACGAUAACGUGAGUUUCCUCUUGGAAAAAAAGGCCAGUGUGGAUGCUGUCACUCGUACGAAUUUGACAGCUCUGCACUUCGCCGUCUAUGGAGGGCACGUUAGAAUUAUCAAACUUUUGCUAGACAAAGGACUGACUAUUGAUAAAGUCGAUUCGAAGAAUGUGAAUCUUCCGCUGUAUUUCGCUGUUCGUAAUGGACACUUGAAGGAAGAUUUGUUGAUCAUGAUGGCUGGUACCAUUCGGGAAAAGUUCCCGUUGUUGUCGUGGAAGAGGUACUCUUAUCAAGAGGUCAUCACGUAUUUGCAAGAGGUGCAACCGUACAUGGAACCACCACCAGUGAUGAGAAAUGUGUCGACGAGCAUGGAAAAUCGAGGUGGUUUGCUUCGAACGUGUGGGGAUGUUGUUGUAGACAAUGUGAGGAGCUCGACGGUGUGGAUACAAAAUGUUCUGAACACAAUGAUUUGCCGAAAGACUGCACGUCAUCCCCGUUCUCCUACUUUUAUUGUUCACUAUCCUGUAUUUCCAACCGAAGAUCUGUGUAAUGAACAAGAAGUCAAACUACCUACAAUUGAUCGAGGAUACAGUUUUUGAAUCAACAACCUGAUUUAUUUUUUUCUACAAAAUAACAUAAGUUUUGACAUAUACAAAU